GUGGGCGUGGCUGUUCUCGGAAAACGGGUAGGGGAACUAGAAUUUUCUACAUGAUUGCAGCACGGAAUCCCACCGCUUUUACUCCAUGAUGGCCGCCGCCUUGAGGGGAAGCCUUGUAUCAUUGGUCAAGGGCCUGAGUGGUGCUGCCAUAAAGCCCGUGUGUGUGCGCUCACUGAGCCUCUCAGCCAACCCGAAUGCUUCAGAAACUCCCCCAGCGCGGGCCGACAGCACCUUCAAGGUCACAUUGUUGCCGGGAGAUGGGGUCGGACCUGAACUCAUGAUGGCAGUCAAAGAAGUGUUCAAGGCUGCUGAUGUACCUGUGGAGUUUGAGGAAUUCCACCUGAGUGAGGUGCAGAACAUGGCAAGUGAAGAGAAGCUGGACCAGGUGCUCUCCUCCAUGAAAAACAACAAAGUGGCUAUCAAAGGGAAGAUCCACACACCGAUGGAGUACAAAGGAGAGCUGGCUUCCUAUGAGAUGAGACUAAGGAGGAAGCUGGACCUGUUCGCCAACGUGGUUCACGUGAACAGUCUCCCGGGUUACAGCACACGCCACAACAACCUGGACCUGGUCAUCAUCCGCGAGCAGACUGAGGGCGAAUACAGCUCACUCGAGCAUGAGAGUGUGACCGGAGUGGUGGAGUGUCUGAAGAUCAUCACAAGAGAGAAGUCCCGCCGCAUUGCCAAGUUUGCCUUCGACUAUGCCACCAAAAAGGGCCGGAGCAAAGUUACUGCAGUGCACAAGGCCAACAUCAUGAAGCUGGGUGACGGGCUCUUCCUACAGAGCUGUGCUGAGGUGGCUGAGCUUUAUCCCAAGAUCAAAUACGAGAACAUCAUCAUCGACAACUGCUGCAUGCAGCUGGUCCAGAACCCAUACCAGUUUGAUGUUCUGGUGAUGCCCAAUCUCUACGGCAACAUCAUCGAUAACCUGGCAGCAGGUUUGGUGGGUGGAGCCGGUGUGGUGCCAGGGGAGAGCUACAGUGCUGAGUAUGCUGUCUUUGAGACGGGGGCAAGGCACCCUUUUGCUCAGGCUGUUGGGAGGAACAUUGCUAAUCCUACUGCUAUGCUUCUUAGUGCUGCUAACAUGCUGAGGCAUCUCAACCUGGAGUAUCACUCUAACAUGGUGUCUGAAGCAGUUAAAAAGGUUAUAAAACAGGGAAAGGUGCGGACGCGAGAUCUCGGCGGUUACAGCACUACGGGUGAUUUUAUCCGUGCCGUCGUGGCCAACCUUCGUCACCGGCCCGUGUUUUAAGGACACUAUCUGUUCCCAAUAGACCGCUUCCCUCUGCUUUUCACCCCUUCUUAUAGUUUUCAUUCCUUACUGUGUUGCUGUCAGUCCUGGCGCUGAAAGUGGACUUUACUCAUGUAACUGACAGAUUUUCCUUAUUUUUUUCUGUUGCAAUGCUUAAUGUUGCUUUUUUUUUUUUUUGGUUCAUUCUUUUUCUUUUACAUGCUAAGCCAUAAACUCCUAAUAUUCCCCAACAAAUCCAAAGCACUGAGGAUAAAUCUCUGUUCAUGUUUGUUCACACUAGAAGUUCAUUUUUUUUAUUUGACACAAACUGUCUUAACCUGACUGCUGAAUGUUGGUUUGAUAACGGGCGAUAUUUCUUUCCUCAUUUUGUCCUAAAUGAUGCACUGUCAUCUGCAAGAUACUUUCAUGUGUGUAUUCUUCAUACUGUUCACUUCAUAAAUAGCUGCUAAUGUCCAGCAUUUCCUAAAACAUCAUGACAUUGUUUCUGGAUGUAUGAACAAAUAAUAGUAGGUCAGCUAAGUGGAUUAACAGGUCAGUGGAUCUCUUUGCUCCAUUGAUCUCAUGAUCAGUGAGAUCUACUGAGAAACCUAUUUUUAUCAGAUUUUCAAAAGAUUUAAGAAGCUAUUCUCAACAUUGCAUCAUUUCAUUACUUUUUGUAAGAAAGUGAGUCAGGAAGUGUUUAUUACCAAAAAACAAUCCCUAUUUAUGAUCAGAUUGCUUGUUUUUCAUACAAAAUAAAGGCUAUUCUAUAAGAUUA